AUGGCUGUCAUAUCUGAUGGUAACUGCACCCCAUUAUCCCACUAUGUUAACUGCAAGUUGGAAACACUGUCUGGGGCGUCGAAGGAAGAAUUCAUAAUGAGAGCCGACGAAGUGGUUUCUUACGUACUAAACACCAUUGCUCCUUCACAGCGGGAGCAACUUUGGGAAGUAUUGGUCAAACGUUAUGGUUCUGUUGAGGAAAAAAUUAACAACAUCACAGUCGAUGUGGGACUCGAAGCAAUUUUGCUGGCUGUCAAUGAAUGUUCAAAUCGGUUAACAGAAACUCAGAUAUUAUCACUCAUAAAUGACAGGUUCUCUCCCAGGAAUCUCAUUACGCCAAGUCAAAAAAGAUCGAAAGCACGCGUUACAACGUGGACGCUGAGAACCAUUAACAAGGAAUGAGAUUUCCCGAUGCAGGUUGAAUAUUGAGAAAGUUAGGGAUUUUAUGGAGUUCUUUUGCAGAUCCACAUUCCUCCGAGACGUAGCCUUUGAAAAAAAAACAUUGAAACUUUCUUCAGGUGAGAGAAUCCCCACCCCUUCAGUUGUUCGUACAAUGACUGCGUCGAAAAUCAUCUACCUUUACCAUGAAGAGUGUCGUGAAUAUGGUGUGGAGCUGCUAAAGGAGCGUACCUGUUUCCGUCUGCUAAAGGUUUGUAGUGCGUCGAAGCAAAAGUCCUUGCAGGGGUUGGACAAUACGUCAACGGCUGUUGAAGAAGCAUUCAAGAGGAUAGCUUAA